CGCGCUCUGCACCUGGGCGCUGCGCCGCGCGCGCGCCCGAAUGGACCGAUUACGACUGCGUGAUGAUCAGCACCAGGGUGGUUUCUUCGGCGCAGGCUGUGUUGGCCACCGGGUCGGGGAUCGCCAUCAUCCGCUCCUGUAAGAACGUGGUCUCCGACAGGCACUGGCUUGCCCAAGAAUAUGUCUGGUUUUUGAUUCCAUAUAUGGUCUACGACAUCUACGCCAUGUACCUUUGUGACUGGUACCGAAUCAAAGAACAGAACCGCAGACACUCCCUCAUCAUUUUUCGAAACUUCCUAAGUAAAAACCGCCUCAUGAUCACGCACCAUGUGGCCAUUCUGUUGGUCCUUGUGCCAAUUGCACAGAGGUUUAGGGGAGAGCUGGGGGACUUCUUCGUUGGCUGCAUCUUCACGGCAGAACUGAGCACUCCAUUUGUGUCGCUGGGCAAAAUUCUGAUUCAGCUAAAGAAGCAGCACACCCUUCUGUACAAGGUGAACGGAAUCCUCACGCUGACCACCUUCUUUUCCUGUCGGAUCCUUCUUUUCCUCUUCAUGUAUUGGUCCUAUGCCAAACAGAAGGACAUAAGCCUGUUCCAAGUGCCAUUCAGGAUCCCUGUCUUCUGCAAUGUGGCCAAUGCCUUCCUCAUCGCUCCCCAGCUCUACUGGUUCUCUCUGCUGUGCAAGAAGGCAGUCGGGCUCUUUGACACUCCCCCAGCCGAAAAGGAUGGAUAAGUGCUCCCAGGAGUCAGGCAGUGAGGGUGCCUCUUCAUACUAGCUGCCUCUUUCACUCAGUAUUCCACGGACCAAAUUGUGCCCUGGAUGGCCUCAGCCUUUUGGGUAUUGAUAAGUAGAUGGGUAUUGAGUUUUUCUAAAGAAUAUUCGUAUUACCUCCCACUUCUAACCUGCCCCUUUUGCAAAAGCACUUUUUGUAAUAACUAUUGGAUCCUGUCAGACCUCCAUUGGCAGCAAGGUGGUUUUGCCCAAUGAUCCUUCCUUGGGUCUUAUCUCAAGGGCUCUGGGAGGUAGAAGCAUGGGGUGUGGAGACAGGUGGACCAGGAUAAGUCCCUGGGCACCUAACUGGCCCUAAUAUUGGUGGCUACCCACCUUUCCAAACACUCAGGGCAAUAUCCACAUAUACUGGGCCAGCAGAAAGUGAUGACUUGGUUCUUGAAAUAAUUUCUUAUGUUGGCCUGGGGAAACCAUUGUGGGUAGGUAGCUUUUCAUUGUUUACUAGAUAAUCCACUGCCUCAUCCAUGUGCCAACAUUGAAUUCUUGUCAUCUGACUUCCAAUCAGAAGUCUCAUUAGUGAGGGUCGGCGUGGCAGGAGGCAGGGAUGGGAACCUGAAGCGCUUGAGGAGGUAAAAGAGGUCUGCAUCUUUGCAGGCUGACUGUAAGAUCAGUGUCAAAGUUGUGAGUUUGUUGUCAACAGUCACAAAUACCGUUCCCUUUUUGGCAUGUCCUUCCCAGCCCAGCUUUCCCCAUAUCCACACACACACAGGAUGCUCUUGUUAAAAACUAUAGUGGUAGAGUGAAAAGAUGGCUACCAAGCUAUUUAUUAGUAACCCCACUCUUUGACACUGUCUUUUUCACAUGAAGUGGAAAUGGAGUUCUAUAUUCCAAACCAUGAGAAGUCGCAUCUAGACUGCCUCCUAACAGAGCUUGUGGCCAAAAGCCUGUUCCCAUUGAGUGCACCACCAUUUAGCCACAGAAGGCUGGAGAGCAAGAGUGCAAGACAGCCCUGGCCAAAAUAUGUCCUGUGAACUGACUCCUUCACUACCAUUUGCAAAUGGGAUUCUCUGGUGCCAACACUAAUCAUUCCUUAUCAACUAGGAUGGGUCUUAGAAACUGCUACCAUGAAUUUUUUUUCAGGUGGUAGUGAGAAGCUAGGUUUUAAAAAGUGCCUUUUGAUUCAUUGUUGUCCAUUAACUUUUAAAGUACUGCAUAUGUACCAGUGACUCAAAUGUUGACUAUUUCAGUCUUUAAUGGGUGCCAUUUUAAAAAUGCAAAAUGAUAUAUUUUUUUUUACUGGUUUGUUCACUGUCAGUGUAUCUUGCAUAAAUCACCCCUGUGGUGAUUAAAUUGCACUAAUAUUUCCCAACUUACUCUCAUUUGUGAAAUAUAUCAAUACCGACUUCCUGUAAGACCCAUCCAUGACCUGACUUGGCUGGCUGCUGUGUGGUAUUGUUUCUGGUCUGUGUUCAUAUCCAUGUAACUCGCAAAGCUGGGGGGUUGAGGGGAGGGGAAUGUGUUAGUGCUUUCAGCCUCCAGGAAGGCCUACCUCAAACCUUACUCUAACACUGUUUCUGAUUCAUGGUUCCUGUAUACUAAGCAUGUCAAACUCUCAGCCUGCGGCCCACAUGCCUCAUUUAUUUGGCCUGUGUUAGCCUUUGAGUUUGACAUGUUUGCUGUACACUGUAGGGUCCCAGAGUUCAAGCCUAGUGGUCAUGUAAUUUUAGGCCCUUUUUUCUUUCUAGGUGAAUUUCAAUUAGGAGUUGGGAGGGUAGAAACCCAAUUGUAGGCCACAGAGCUAGCCCACUUCAGGUGGGGGAGGGAACCUGAAUAAGGCCCCAUUUUGAAAGAGGGCCUGGGUGUGAAGGAGGUAUUGGGAUAUCUCCUUUUCCCUUUCUUGCCUCCCAAAUUAAAUGUCUCAGCAACCAGCA